AUAUGCCGAACUUGGUUUACUCAACAAUUUCUCGUAUGCAUACCACAAUUACGCACAGAACAAAAAAGAACUGUCAGCAGCUGUGAGAAAUAAACCAGUUUCUUGCAAAAAAGAAACGGCCGGCUAGCGAAGAAGAAGAUGCAUAGAUCAUCGAGCGGUUCGCGAGUGAGCGAUCAAGACUCGUCGGCAUCGUCAUCCUUCAAGAACAACAACACAAAUUACACGGACAAAGAGCUACAGUCGCAGCAGCAUGAACUACCCACUUACGAUCCACUUUCACAUGUUGCAAAGAAAGAACGGUCGCGUCUCAGAUCUGCAGAGAAUGCUAUCCAUUUAAUCCCUCUUGUUCUCGUCCUUUGCGCCAUCAUUCUUUGGUUCUUCUCCAACCCUCAGUCUAGAGUUUGAGAUUUGACGGCUAAUCAAAUGACCGCGUCAUUUUCUAUAGAGGGUUGCCGUGCCAGCCUGACAAUGGAAUUGCUUCAACCCAACAAAAACAGAUGGAAUUGGAAAUGGUAUUUUCACAUCUCAACAAUGUUCUCAGCAUGCUUACAUCUUGCAAGCAACUAGUCAUUUAAGUGUAAGAUCCAUUUUAUCCGAAAGUUUGACAAAGCAGUUAAUGUUUACCAUUAGGCACACUUCUACUGUUUGUUUAUAGAAGUUUAAUGAUAAUCAUUGCACAAGUAGUUUAGACUGAAAGAUAUUAUAUUUGGCAUUCCUCCAUUGUACAUUUCUUCUGACUUCUCUGGCCUGUUGUAUUCUAUGUUGCAUGGAAACUUUUGGAUUCCUACAUUUUGACAUUUCGUUUCCUUUCGUAAA